AUGCUUACAGCCCGCUCCCGGGCCCUCGUGGCAGCGAAAGUCUCCCUCGACGCGGGAACGAAGGCUUGCAGGUUUGGCCGGACAGAGGUGAUCCACUUCGAGGUAGAAGAGCCAGCGCCGUCACCCUGCAGCCGAAGUGGCGACCACGCUCCAGAGGCCUUGUUCUUCCGGCAGGCCCAGCAGAAAGCGAAGAAUGACGACGGGGAAGACGAGGAGGUGGAGACGGACGACGACGAGACGGACUCGGAUGACGAUGUAACCUUCUUCUACCAGCCACCUCUUCGCGGGGAAGCCAGCAGGACAGCGAAGCUCAAGACGCUCCGCAGCGAUGAGACCGUCCCUGCAGCCCCGAUUGCAGACGACCUCACCCCAUCGCCUUGCGUUUGCGCCCGAAGUGCGCGAUGCAGCUGA